AUGGGCAUUAGCAAGUCUGACCCUAUCAUUAUCGUCGGCGCCGGAGCCUUCGGCCUCUCUACGGCCUAUCAUCUUACUUUGGCCGGAUACACCGACAUAUCCGUUUACGACAAGCAUGACGAGAUACCCCCACAGGAAUCCGCCGCCAAUGAUAUCAACAAGAUCAUGAGAGCGGAAUAUGAGGACCCGUUCUACACUGAUCUCACUCUCGAAGCUGUAAAGGCCUGGAAGUCGCCUCUUUUCGCACCACACUGGCAUCAAGUCGGGUUCCUCCACUGCGUCUCGGAAGAGGCUCCUGUCAGGGCUGUUGAGACGCUUCAAAGAUUCCAAAAGGCUGCAGAGAGGAGUCCGACCCUUGCCAAACAUGUGAUUCCUAUCUCAGGAGGUAAGGACAUUGAAGACAACGUGUGGCAGUACAAGGCAGGCCCGUGUUCUGGGUGGAAGGGCUAUCUCAACACCUUUGACGGAUAUGUCCACUCUGGUAACGCCUUGAUUGCCCUGUACAAAGCCACCCAGGUACGAGGUGUAAAGUUUUUCUUGGGACAGCAUGGGGCCGUGAAGGAGAUUGUUUACCAAAAUACCCCUGGGGGAAGAAAAGCCACUGGUAUCAGGACACAAAAGGGCCCACUUGUGACAGCGAAACUGGUCAUUGUCGCCGUCGGCGCUGCUGCGGGUAGGCUGGUUCCCGAAUGUGGCAAGCAGGUGGUAGCUAAGUCGUGGUCUGUGGCCCAUGUCAAGCUCACGGAUGAUGAGACGUCGGCCCUGCGCGGCAUCCCCGUCACCUACGCCCGCGACUUUGGUUUCUUCUUCGAGCCUGACCCCAAGACCAACCUGCUCAAGCUGUGUCCCAUGGGCGGUGGAUACGUCAACACUGACCCGAAGACUGGUGUCUCGCUCCCCCCAUCCCACGCCGAUAGUGCGUUCAUGCCUUUGCACGAUCAGCAGAAAGUGCGGAAGCUCCUUUCCCAAACCCUCCCAGAGCUCGCGAACCGCCCUGUUGUCAAACAGACUCUCUGCUGGUUCGCAGACACUAACGACUCCGACUUUAUCAUCGAUUACGUGCCAAACUCCAACUCAUCCGUUGUGCUCAUGUCUGGCGACUCAGGACACGCAGCUAAGUUGAUUCCUCUUAUCGGAGAUUGGGUGAAGAACUUGCUUGAGGCGGCGGAUGAUAAGCAACCUGUUCAAAGAUGGCGUUGGAAGGAAACUGACGACAAGGAUGGUAAAUGGGGAGAUACCGUCAGCUGGCGUCUUGGAAACACUACCGAGUUUGCAGAACUCCAGAAUCCCAAGGCUUCUAGACUAUAA